CAUGCAUUUCAACCACAGAUAAUUCUUGCAUCUUGUGUUAACAUCCUUUACCACUUCCUGUGUCAACAUUCGAUCCUUUGAAAAAUUGAUUUCGCUGACGACCUGCCCACCAUGGAUUACGAUCACGAUCGCUGUCCCAGCUAUGCCUCAUUCUUCGGCGCCAUGGGCUGCGCAGCCGCCAUCGUCUUCACCUGUUUCGGCGCCUCCUACGGCAUGGCUAAAUCCAGCAUUGGGAUCAUGGCCUCCAGUAUCUUGCGCCCUGAUCUGAUUGUUCGGAACCUCAUGCCUCCGAUUCUCGCGGGUAUCCUUUCGAUUUACGGGCUCGUGGUCGCGGUUAUUAUAUCGGGAGACUUGAAGGAGCGGUUACCUAUAUACAGCGCCUUUUUGCAGUUGGGAGCUGGGAUAAGUGUUGGGUUGUGUGGUCUUGCGGCUGGCUUCGCGAUCGGCAUCAUUGGCGAUGGUGGCGUUCGCGGUGUCGCCCAGCAGCCGAAAUUAUUCGUGGCCAUGAUCCUCAUUCUCAUCUUCGCAGAAGUACUCGGUCUUUACGGGAUGAUUGUCGCGUUGAUGCUGGUCACCCAGAGCAAAAUAAAUGUUGGGGAGUGCUGAGUCGAGGAAUAAUCUAGGGACAGUAGGUUUCGGUCUUGGCACAUCUAUGGAGGCAGCAAUGUGGAUCAUUGCGGCGAUGUGAGAUAGCGGAUUGGGGGGAUUGAGUGGCUGCUUCUGAGCAUACCUUGUACUGUAUAUACAUGAUUCCGGUUUGGAGUUUAUGGAAUUCUCAUAUAUGGCUUAUCUCCCGAUUAUUAUGCUCCACUUGUACUAUAUUACAUUUUCCUCGAUCUGUUCAGUUGAACUUCCGCAUUUUAGAUGCUCAUGAUAGUACAGUCACCAGGUAACAGUAUCAAAAGUUGGUCAUAUGACAUCAAACACAUUGAACUGCUGCUACUUUCCUACCCUAAC